GUCAGCUGCAGCAGUAGUUUACCUGCCCGUGUAGGGACGUCAGGAGCGGCGGCCAUUUCCCCCUGGUCUGAGCUCCGCUUUCCUUCUAUCAUUCCCACGAGGCAGCAGGAGCAGAGAGCAGCCAUUGCUGUGUCUGGCAGCAGGAGUGGGAGUAUAUAGAGGAACACAGGGGUCUGUACAAGGACGUGAUGAUGGAGAAUCACCGGCCCCUCACAUCACUGGAUGGACCCAGUAACAGAGAUACCUCAGGGAGAUGUCCCCGUCCUCUGUAUUCCCAGGAUUGUACAGAGGAGAAUUACAGGACCCCACAGGAGCAUCAGGAGGGGGAGUAUAUAGAGGAACACAGGGGUCUGUACAAGGACGUGAUGAUGGAGAAUCACCGGCGCCUUACAUCACUGGAUGGGCCCAGUAACAGAGAUACCCCAGAGAGAUGUCCCCGUCCUCUGUAUUCCCAGGAUUGUACAGAGGAGAAUCACAGGAUCCCACAGGAGGAUCAGGGUGACAAUCUGACUAAUAUUAUGGUAAAAGAUACAGAGGGAGAAGAAGAGACGUAUGUGACUGAUAUGAAGGCAGAAGAUAUAGAGGAAGAAGAAGAGACGUAUGUGACUGAUAUCAGGGCAGAAGAAAUAGAGGGAGAAGAAGAGACGUAUGUGACUGAUAUGAAGGCAGAAGAUAUAGAGGGAGAAGAGGAGACGUAUGUGACUGAUAUGAAGGCAGAAGAUAUAGAGGGAGAAGAAGAGACGUAUGUGACUGAUAUGAAGGCAGAAGAUAUAGAGGGAGAAGAAGAGACGUAUGUGACUGAUAUGAAGGCAGAAGAUAUAGAGGGAGAAGAAGAGACGUAUGUGAUUGAUAUGAAGGCAGAAGAUAUAGAGGGAGAAGAAGAGACGUAUGUGACUGAUAUGAAGGCAGAAUAUACAGAGGGAGAAGAGGAGACGUAUGUGACUGAUAUGAAGGCAGAAUAUACAGAGGGAGAAGAGGAGACGUAUGUGACUGAUAUGAAGGCAGAAGAUACAGAGGGAGAAGAAGAGACGUAUGUGACUGAUAUGAAGGCAGAAGAUAUAGAGGGAGAAGAAGAGACGUUUGUGACUGAUAUGAAGGCAGAAGAUAUAGAGGGAGAAGAAGAGACGUAUGUGACUGAUAUGAAGGCAGAAGAUAUAGAGAGAGAAGAAGAGACGUAUGUGAGGGGUGAUCAGCAGUGUAAGGAGGAGGAAAUCCCUACAGAUAUCAGCACAGCAGAUGGAGGCACAAUGAAGAAUACCUCGGAGGGAGAUCUUAUAUUGUCUCCACAUUGUAAAAUAGAAGAUAACAUCACUCACGAUUCUCCAGGAUACGAUCCUGUUACUUUAUAUAUACACCCAGUACCUCACAAUGCAGAUAUAGCAUAUGAUCCCUCUAAUCAUGAGGACUGUACUACUGAUAUCUCCAGUAAUACUGCACACAGUACAGCUCACAGAGGUGAUAACAUGUUUCCCUGUUCUGAGUGUGGGAAAUGUUUCAGAAGUAAAUCAGUUCUUGGUAGACAUCAGAGAACUCACACAGGUGAGAAGCCAUUUCUAUGUCCUGAGUGUGGGAAAUUUUUUGCAAAUAAAUCAAAUCUUGUUGUACAUCACAGAAUUCACACAGGUGAGAGGCCAUUUCCAUGUCCUGAGUGUGGGAAAUGUUUUGCAAAUAAAUCACAUCUUGUUAAACAUUUGAGAAGUCACACAGGUGAGAGGCCAUUUCCAUGCUCUGAGUGUGAGAAAUGUUUUACACAUAAAAAAAGUCUUAUUAAACAUCAGAGAAGUCACACAGGUGAGAGGCCAUUUCCAUGUUCCGAGUGUGGAAAAUGUUUCACAGCGAAAUCACAUCUUGUUGUACAUCAAAGAAUUCACACAGGUGAGAGGCCAUUUCCAUGCUCUGAGUGUGGGAAAUGUUUUACAUAUAAAAAUAGUCUUCUUAAACAUCAGGGAAGUCACACAGGUGAGAGGCCAUUUCCAUGCUCCGAGUGUGGAAAAUGUUUCACAGCGAAAUCACAUCUUGUUGUACAUCAGAGAAUUCACACAGGUGAGAAACCAUUUCCAUGCCCUGAGUGUGGGAAAUGUUUCACAACGAAAUCACAUCUUGUUUCACAUCAGAAAAGUCACACAGUUGAGAAACCAUUUCCAUGCCCUGAGUGUGGGAAAUGUUUUACAGAUAAAUCACAUCUUGUUACACAUCAGAGAAGUCACACAGGUGAGAGGCCAUUUCCAUGCACUGAGUCUGGGAAAUGUUUUACAAAUAGAGCUGCUCUUGUAUGACAUAAAAAGAUGAGCAGAUGAACACCAUACUCGCCCUUAGGUCUGUACCCCGCACCCACAGUACCGCUAUAAAAUGCAAUACUACUUUGUAAGGUUCAAUUUACCCUGUAAAUCUUAAUGCCUAACUGAACCUAAGAAUCCUAUCUCUGUUCCACAGUUCACAGGGUCAUAUAGGCAGCCCGGGGGAAUUGUGGGUUCUACAUAAAAAAACAUUAUUUUGUAAAACUUUUUAACAACCCAACAUGGGCGUCGGAACAGGGGAAAGUCAGGGAACUAUCGGAAUGGCGGCUGAGGCCCAUUCUAUAGUGGACCAUUGUAUCAGCUCAGCUGGGCAAGACCACGUCAGAAUUCUGUGACUUGUGAGGUGAUUCUUUUUCUGUUUUUUUAAAAUGUUACAUAUAUAUUUUGGGAAGUUGGAUAUAUGCAUGUACUGUACAUUUGUAUAUAUUGGAACAGUUUUAAUUCUUGCAAUAUGUUGAAGUCUCAUUGUGGUAGAAGUAAAGCCGUACCAGGCCUAACACCCUGCAGAGCCUACACUAAGAUGUGACUAAAUUUGUAUGUGAGGUAAAUCAUGAGGGGCCUGAGCAUGGGGUAAUUAUCAGUCAUAGGAAUCUCCUGAGUGACAGAUGAAUAGGGUAUGAGGAACAUUGCUAGAGAUAGACACCAGAUGGGUAAAGCAUUAUGGGAUAUCGGGUUACAAAGUGAUUGGCUAAACAUGGUGACAUCACUGUGGGUCUAACAUGUAAAUCAUCACAUAUACACUUAUCUGAUGGUUACUGUGUGUACAUGUAGCCAUGGUUAAUGAUUGCUUCCCAAUAUGUGCUGGUAUAGCCUAUGGGCACAAUAUAGGUAUUGGGGACAUUGUUGAUAAUUUAUAGUUCAUUUAUCAUAUUGUGACAUACGGGUGGCGUUGGGUUAAAAUUAGUUUUAGAGCCGCCCUGUAUGGAGAGCUGGGGAAUCUUCUAGAGCACCCUGAGGACAGGAGGACCCGCGUGCAGAGAGCGGGAGAAGAGAGGAUCGCGAGCCACAGGGGAGAAGUGAUAUAAGGAAGCUCAGGUCAGCAGUUCCCCAGAGGUUGAGUGCGGUCUCCGGAGCAGUCUCGGCUUUACUUACUGCGGUAAACACAGCUGAAGUAGCCGAGGCUAGGAGGAGGGAGAGCAGUGGUAGACACCGGGAACGCUUCCUGCGUGUGUGUAGAGGGACGCCCACAGACACCCCAGCGAGAUACUAGGCAGCUCUGACAGAGAGAUCCGGAAGGCACCCAUGGUUAACCACCUGCCAUCUCUCUGAUGACGGUGAGGUAGAGGCAUCCGCACUCCUGUAGUCUGGGAAGAGAGAACAACUCGGAUAAUCAGGAGGAGUCGGGAGAGUGUCCAAAAUCAAGCAGCCCACAAGGAACAAGGGAGGUGUGACUGAUAACUGUGCACAUCACCACCCUAUUAACCCCUCAUUAAGAUUGUACGGAGGCAUGCAGCCCGGAAAAUGCUUUGCUGUAAACUCUUCUUAGAGGCCACUUGACUUACAUUAUGGACAUAUUACUUUGAACCCUUUCGUUUGGACCUUCUCAUGCAUGUUAGAGCUAGAGAGAAAUUCUACAGAGAUGGAUUCCACUCACUUUAAUAUGACCAGGCCAGAAAUGGCCACUUUGGAGGAAUUGUCCUUGAGAAUGGACAUCAUAAUCCGUAAAGCGGAUAAGGGGGGAUCCAUUGUAAUCCAAGAUUUGGAUGAUUAUGUGAAGGAAAGCGAGGGUCAACUUAGUGAUACUAACGUGCAGUUCAUGCAAGACAGCCCAAGAAUUUACAGGAACUGGAGGCUUUUUGCCAAGAAUAAUGGCCAGCUUUACCAUCUGAGAAAAUAAAGAGCCUCAUCCACAACUACCACAAAAGACUUCAAGCUGUCAUUAAUGUUAAAUGGGGCAAUACACGGUAUUAAGAACUGGGGUAUGUACUCUUUUGAUCAAGGUCAUUUGGGUAGUUUCUGUUGUCAUGAUUUAAAAAGAGUAAACACAGUUGUUUGACAAUAAAUGGCUUCACCCAACCACUAA